AUGGGUAGAGCUCCUUGUUGUGACAAAGCUAAUGUGAAGAAAGGGCCAUGGUCACCUGAAGAAGAUACCGAGCUCAAGUCAUAUAUCGAGAAACAUGGCACAGGGGGUAACUGGAUUGCUUUGCCCCAAAAAAUUGGCCUAAAGAGAUGUGGAAAAAGCUGUCGGCUUCGAUGGCUAAACUAUCUUCGACCAAACAUCAAACAUGGAGGAUUUACUGAAGAAGAAGAUAACAUAAUUUGCAGCUUCUAUAUGAGUAUUGGAAGCAGAUGGUCUAUUAUUGCUGCACAACUGCCUGGAAGAACUGAUAAUGAUAUAAAGAAUUACUGGAAUACGAGGCUGAAAAGGAAACUACUGGGGAAGCAGCGCAAAGAAAAACAGGUUCGUAGAGGAAACUUGCAAGUGCGAGAAACAGUUAAAGGAAAGGAAAGCUCUACCGUUUCAGACACAAUAAAAAACCAGAAUCCUUACUGGCCAGCGUUACCUUUGCUGCCACCUAUACCCCAGUCAAAGGAUGAGCCAAGCUUUAGUGAUCACGCAUCUAUCAGAAAGCUGCUGAUAAAGCUCGGAGGGAGAUUUUCUAGUGAUGAUCAGAUUGGUAGAGAAAUGAAGUAUCAGUACCCUGACGGCAAUUCACUGGUGCAAACAGUACACCAACAAUCUGUUGAUGAUUUGGUACCUGUUAAUCCAAUGGAAGUAAUUAAGACAAGUCCUUCUCUAGCACUGCCAGAAGCUCAAUAUACUAUUGACGAGGUGAAUAUGUCUAUAUUUCCAGGACAAAGCAAUUUGCUUAGUGAACUUGAUCAUGUUAUUUAUAACAAUCCUGAAAAAUUACGAGGGCUCGAGUUCUUAUAUGCUGAUAUGAUGGAUAGUAAGAGGAGUGGGACUAGUACUGGCGCUGAACGCACGGAUUGGGAUGAGAUGAAUUCUCUGGUUUUUCCAUCUGAUGCUUCCAAUUACGAAGGUAUUUUACAAGGAUUAGUUCUAGAGAAGCUCGCGAUUGAUGAUCAGAGGGAUUAUCCCGGGGCAUGA